GCAAGUCCCUUUUCUUGCCAUCAUCUACGCCCGAAUUGGAAGGCAUUCAUACCGAAGGCGGCUUCUCAAAGUCUCGCAAAUAUUUCUCGCAAUAAUUGAAGUUAUAUCAAUAUCUAGACGCGUGGUCAUGUAGGUCAGGGGAGGCCUGGGUCUCCGACACGCCUUUAAGCUAAUGUGCAUCCCUUACUUACAAGGUCAGGCCUGGUUCAAAUGGUUAGCCAGACUCUAGUGUGGGAACGUGCCUCUUGAGAUUCUGACACAAUCUGAUUAUUGCUGUAGCUUUCCCCCCUUAAGGCGUGGCUGAUGACCUAGAGCAUUCUACCGAUGUUUAGUGUGGUCGGACCAAACUUGUAGACUGUGAUCCCCCGGAGAACACCACAGAAAACUUAUUUGAAGUUUACGUACAUUGAUGAUUGGCUUCAAUGAGAGGGCAGAACGUGAGAAGGGCCCGUGGUAGGCAUCGCUUCCGUGUCUCGCACUCCGCAGCCACUAGAAAGGCAACAUCUGAGCGGAGUCACUUUUUUUUAGCCCAACCCCGCCCAAGCUGAUACUAUGGAGCUCCGCAACCUCAUCAGAACCAAAUCGUGCAUGAUUGCCAUAGCGGAUUAUACCCGUAUAGCAGUCCUACAAUCAUAAGCUCAGAGCGGGAAUAAAAAGAUCACUUAGGGGAAGUCGACGCAAUGGCGCCUAAAACCGACAAGACGGAGGUGGUUGAGCUCUUGAAGACGCUCAUGAAUAUUGAGAGCACCAGCGAGAAGGAGCUUGAGAUAGGACAGUAUCUCGAGAAGUACAUACAGAGUCGCAGCUUCACGGCCGAGAGGAUCGCCAUUGUCCCAGGUUCUACACGACACAAUGUCUAUGCUUACCUAGGCCAAGAGCGGAAAGCCAGGCUCCUGGUGACGGCGCAUAUGGAUACCGUACCACCUCAUAUCCCCUUCAGCAUCGACGGGGAUGUAAUUCGCGGGCGUGGUGCCUGCGACGACCUAGGGCCGAUGGUGGCGCAAAUCUUCGCCGUGGAAGAGUUGCGCGCCGAAGGAAAGCUGAAGGAAGGAGAUGUGAGCUUUCUAUGGGUUGUGGGCGAAGAAAAGGGCGGUCCGGGAAUGAUCGCGGCAAAUGACAUGGGCCUCACUUGGGAAGCUGGUCUCUUCGCAGAGCCUACAGAGGGAAAAGUAGCGAAGGGGCAUAAGGGUAAUCUGGUGUUUGAAAUCGUCGCUCAUGGAAAAGCCUGCCAUUCUGGAUAUCCCCAUCUGGGUAAGAGCGCGACACUACUUCUCUUCGACGCGCUGAAUGACCUCAGAGCGGUUGAGUUGCCCGUUUCGGAUCUUCUGGGCCCGUCGACGCUGAACAUCGGCAAGAUCGAGGGCGGGGCUGGCUACAACAUCCUCGCGGCAGAGGCCAAGGCGCUCUGCAGCAUACGCGUUUCGAAAGAUGUCGAGGCGAUCAAGGAGGCCGUGCGGGCUGCGAUUGACAAGCAUCCUGACGUCGAUGUCGAUUUCAAGUUUCAGUAUCCUGAAAUGCUGCUUGAGUGGGAGUUUGAGGGGUUCGCGGCUGAGCCGAUGGCGUAUGGGACGGAUAUACCGAGACUGCGAGGCGACCAUAGAAAGGUGCUGUACGGGCCCGGCUCAAUUCAGGUUGCUCAUGGGACGGAUGAGUAUAUCCUUGUCAGCGAACUCAUGGAAUCUAUCGAAAAGAACAAGGUGCUCAUAUUAGAGCUCCUGAAAUAGUCACCUGGGUUAAUAAUACAUAUGCGUAAUCAGCGUGGUCAGUGUAUAAACAGGCAACAACCGAGCUUAUAUGAUUGAUUGUACACUCUUGUGACGCUGGAUAUUUGCUCAUCAAGACACAGACAGAGACAGGGAAAACUUGAAAAAAGACAAAAAAGGAGAAAAAUGAAAUCAAUUCGGAAGAAUAAAAAUUGUAAAAGAUUAUUAGCAAAAGGAACUCCGAAUCGGGGAAUCGAACCCCGGGCUUGACGGUUCUGCUGUCCGAAGAUUUGAGAGCGUCAAAUGUUAGCCACU